GAGCUGUGAAACACCCCGCGAGGAAGCUGGCCGCCGCCACGUCGUUCGGCCGCCGCGACGGAUGAUGAUGGCAUUCUCGUGGGACUGGACACAGCGCGUCCAUGUGUCGGAUAAAGUCGUGUAUGUCGAGUGGCGGCAUGUGCCACCGACGACGUGGUUCAUCGCGCAUGGCUUGCGUCGAUUCGACCUCGACGUGUCGUCCCCAUCGUGCACACCUACGCUUCGACAAUGCCGCGUCAUCGAGUCGCACGUGCACGAGCUACGGCCGGGCCACGAGCUCUGUGUCUCGGUGCAGACAUCGACGGAUCCACACGUCCGAACUCGCGCGGUGUGUGUCCUUGCCUGCUACCACCUCCUGCUGCAUCCCACGUCGACCGCCGCCGACGCUUGGAUCCCCUUUGGCACGCUUCAUGUUGUUCCAUUCUUUGACGCGUUGUCGAGUUUACACGUCCUCGACUGCGUUCGCGGCCUCGAGAAAGCGCGGGCUGCCGGGCUCGUCGUUCACGACCACAUCGAGGCGUCGUCGUUCACGUGGCUCAGCAAGAAGCUCGUGACUUUUCCCAGUCCAUCCGGUCCAUGCGCCGCGCUGGAAGCGUUUCUGCCCUUCUUUUACGCGCACAACGUCACAUUGAUCCUGGCUCUGCAUCCACCCGUGUACUGCUAUGACACCCUCGACGGCGCGAUCGAGUACAUGGAUCUGUUCGACUCGCCAUCCGCCGAUCUCGCGUCGGUCGAUGCGAUGCUUGCGCGCGUGCAUGAUGCUGUCGAAAGCACACCGGGCGUUGUUGCCAUCCAUGGUUUGCACCGCGCCCGGACUUUCCUCGGCGGGUACUUCGUGCGGUGUCAUGGCUUUUCCGCCGAGGAAGCGGCGGGAUGGCUGCACGUGGCGCAUCCCCACGGCGACAUCCACGCGAUUGCACCCGAUCCAUUGUUUCCACAUGCGUUGAGGCGGUGGCAGCGGCGCGUGGCAAGUGAGCCCGACAGACCACGCGAUCAGAGCCGACGCGGCCACCGCGACGCCGUCCCCACGGCGGACCAACGACCGACUUCAUCCAGUUCGCUCAAGAUCAACAUUGGCGGCCUCAGCUUUGGAUCGUCGCUGCUUUUAGGCAGCUCGACCGCCAAGAACCAUGACAAAGCGUCGUCGAGGAAGAGGCUGUUGACGCCAAGCCGAUCGAAGGAAGGGUCCGACUUGGGGGGCACCACAUCACGCGGCCACAGCCGCGAGCGCACGGCCAAGUCUCCUGUGCAGUCAUGAGAUUUCAUCGCAUGAAUGCACUCGUUUCCAUCGAUACUCGUCCCCAUGGCAGAGCAGGACGCGCCGCACAAGUUCCCGGCAGAGAGGAGCGCCGUCCCCAGUGUGGUCAUCUCGAAUGCCUCACGGCGAGAGUCCAUCAAUCGACGGCAACACGCAGC